AUGGGUCGCGUCAUUCGCUCGCAGCGCAAGGGCGCAGGGUCCGUGUUCAAGGCUCAUACACACAAGAGGAAGGGGGCUGCAAAGCUUCGAGCUCUCGACUAUGCCGAACGCCACGGCUACAUCAAAGGGCUUGUCACCUCCAUCGAGCAUGACCCCGGCAGAGGCGCUCCCCUCGCAGUCGUGGCGUUCCGCGAUCCGUACAAGUAUCGCCUGAACAAGGAACGCAUGCUCGCAGUAGAGGGCCUUCACACUGGCCAGUUCGUGCACUGCGGAAAGAAGGCCGAGUUGACCAUCGGCAAUGUGCUCCCCUUGGGGCGGGUGCCUGAGGGUACGGUUGUGUGUUCUGUGGAGGAGAAGGCUGGAGAUAGGGGGUCUAUCGCGCGCACAUCUGGCACAUUCGCAACUGUUGUGGGGCAUAACGAGGAUGCUGGAAAGACUCGUGUGCGUCUGCCUUCCGGAGCGAGAAAGACGCUUCCCUCGAGAGCGCGUUGCAUUGUUGGCCUUGUUGCUGGUGGUGGUCGCAUUGACAAGCCCCUGCUGAAGGCGGGCACUGCGUAUCACAAGUACAAGGCGAAGAGAAACUGCUGGCCUAGAGUGCGUGGUGUUGCUAUGAACCCCGUCGAGCAUCCCCACGGAGGAGGGAAUCACCAGCACAUUGGUCAUCCCUCCACUGUCUCGCGGAACGCCCCUCCAGGCCAGAAGGUGGGUCUUAUCGCUGCUCGCCGGACGGGUCUGCUGCGUGGUGGUCGCAAGGCGAAGCUGGCAGGCAAGGACAGUUGA